GUGUUUGUACCACCUGGUAUCAGCAAGCAAAAAGAGAGAAAGCGAGUCGAAUUAAAUUGAGGUGGAACUCUUUCAAAUAUGGCCGUGAUGCAGAUAACAGUGAUCUCGAUGAGAACUGGUACAGAUCACUAAACAGUUACAUCAUGGUAUUAUUACUGUUACAUGCUAUUACAGCUUGGUUGCAGAUCUCAUGGGGUUUAUUUUAUUUACAAUGCUUCAGCUUUGUGAAGUAUCUUGAAACUUUCAAUUUCUUGACUUGAAACCUCAGCUUGUCACAAUGUGAUAGAUUAUAUGUAAUCUUUAUACAAAUUUAUUAUCUGAAUUAUCUUUUUUAAAAAUGGAUAGAAAUUUUUUUUUUUAUAAAUGCUCAAUUAUAGUUAAUAGUAUUAAAUGAUUGUAUUCAUUUCAUUACAUAGUAUAGAUAAUGUAAAGAUUUUAAAUGGAAUAGUAUAUAUUUCAUUUUUAAUGUAGAAGCAAAUAUUUAUUUGAUUUUUUUCCCAACUAAUUUUGAAAUCAGUUGCUGUUAACUAAUUUUCAUAACUAGAUACUCAGUUCAUAAAAUAACAUCACUUUCUAUGCGAUAUCACAGAGCGGCAUAGCUGUUGCUUGUGAUGUCUGAUACUAUCCUUCAUUUUGUGCCUUUAACCCCUGAAAAGCACCAUGCAUGUGCCAUUCAAUCCUCAUACAAUGCCAGGGAUAUCAAUUUUUUAUUCUCUUUCUUUGAAGUUCAAUGCUAUUCUAUUUCAACACUUAAUCGUGUGCCAUCAUGUCACAUUAUUUUUGACAUUGUAACAUCAAUCAACAAUGUAACAUCAGUCAACAAUGUAAAAUCAGUCAAAAAUGUAACAUCAGUCAACAAUGUAACUUCAGUCAAAAAUGUAACAUCAGUCAACAAUGUAACAUCAGUCAACAAUGUAACAUCAGUCAACAAUGUAACAUCAGUCAACAAUGUAACAUCAGUCAACAAUGUAACAUCAGUCAACAAUGUAACACCAAAAAUGCUUUUGAUCAUCCUACAUACUUUUUCCCACUUUAUUAAUUAUUAGAUUUAAAAUCUUUAUUUAAUUACCAUACCAUUUUUUUAAUUCAUGAUGAAACAUGUUGUCAUGGAAACAUUAAUAUACUGUUUUAUUUUUGUCUAGGACAGUCCAAUGGAACCAAGCUGCCUUCUAUUAUUUUGUACAAACACUUUAUGGAGUAGGAGUAAUGUAACAGAACAGUCAGAGCAGUCAAACGGAAAUGUCAAAACCAAGAAGGUCAUCAAAGAAUUACUUGACAAAAGUUUGCCCAGAAAGUGUGUUUAUCAUGUAGUGGUGACAGAUGGAAUCGUAGGUAGUAAAUUUAUUUACAUUUUUAGUUAUUAAAAACAUUGUAGAAGAUUUACAAGAGUGUACUGUCUUUUUUUUUAAAAGACAUAUAUCAAUAUCCAGUUAGAUAGUUAGUCCGUAAGUCAUUUAUUGCAACCAGUAAAAUAUCCUCAUCAACACCAGGCACAGAAACAUUGCAAAUCCCCUUUACAUGCAUAGGAGCCAAAAUGAUCAAUAAAUUGAUUGUGGACCCUUAAUAUAUAGAAGAAGAAGACAUCAAUUUCAAGUUAUUCCACAUGUAUAAGUUCUGACUUGUCAAAGUAAUGAGAUUAAAGUUUCAAUUCCAUUGUGAAUUUCAGGGCAGUGUUUAUAAAUCAUAUUUUACUCUACAGGAUUCACUUUUAUUUUCUAGCCCUUUGGAUACAAUGAAAACUUAAUCAAGUGAAAUUUUAAAAUUUUCUAAAAUAAAAUUGGUGUCCAGAAAUAUUAACCAUUAUAUAACGAAAUUGUUUAUGUAAUAUAUUAAAAGUUUACUCAGAAUUACUCAAAAACAAUCUUUAAAUUUUAUUUACUGAAAUAAUGAAUAGACAAUGGAUCAUAGUUUUGUUGGCACUCAAGAAUUAUUAUGAUUAUUAUUUUUAACCCUUUCUUUUAUUUGUAGGGUUAAAUGGGGUCUCAAUAAUAAAGUCAUACUUCAGUAUGUUAGCAUCAAUAACAAAGUUGUCCAUCAUUACUAGAAUUUUUAAUGCCAUUAUAAUGAUGCUGUUUAUGUGACAGGCACUGAUUAAACAUUAUUUUGUUGCUGCUUAUAUGACAGGUACUGAUUGCAAAAUGAUGACUGAGGAGAUGGAUGAAUUCCCAAUGUCUAUCUCUCUUUUGAUGUUGGGUCAUUCUGUUGAGACAGAGUUUAUUCCCUUCUCAUUUUCCCAUUCUGAUUGCCGGCUGCUGACAAAGUGUUGGGAUGAAAAUGGCAAGAAAAUUCCAGAAUUUAUGAGCACUUUGCUCCAGAAACCAGUAAGACUUCAGAUUAUUUUUCUUAUAAUUUGCAAUUUGGUUUCAUUUUAAUUUUAUACACGUUAAAGCAUAUUUCCUUAUCACAUAUUUAUGACUACUUAGAUCAUUUUAUUUGAAAUGAUGUCUAGUGAUACAUUAAACAAAUUAGUUCAUGCCUUCUUUCAACCAUAAUUUCAUUAACCCUUGUUAAAACAGCCAUUUUUUAAAUAUUUCCAAUCAAAAAGCGCUUUACUAAUAGUUUGUAGGUCAUAUUUUGAGACUACUUUUUCAUUUUUAAAGAUAAUUUUUGAAUCCAAGCUCUCGCGUGGCUGUUCUCUUAUUUAAAAAUAUUUUUUCACUGAAUUGUAAAAAAAUAUACGGAUGUAGUUCUCUACACAUGUUUGACCUUUCAUUGUAUAGGUGAAAAUGGUAAAUUUGUACUGUCCCAUGAGUGGCAUUGAACAAGAGAUCAGUUACUCGAUGUAUAGAAAUCUAAGGAAACCUUUGAUAGCUGGUGGAUAUGUCAAUGAAAAGGUGCUCAAAGACUUAAGAGGACAUACUCACAGGUAAGUGCUUUUCUUUAUCUAUAUGUAACAUUGUUGUCACUGUGUCAAAUUGUCAAGAAAUAAACUUUCUAAAGUGAAUAGAACGCAGCUAAAGAUUUGAAAACAUAUUCCAAACAUCGGAUGAGUGCAAAUUUUCAAAAAGAAGUUUAGAGCAAAUUUCUUUUAUUUAUGCUUACAUCUUAAAGGGUCGUGCAUUUUAAAAUUAAUUAAUUUUAACCAACUUGUCACUGAAAACAUUCAUCAAUGAGACUCAAAAGAUAUCACUUGUAAUUCUCUGAAACCCAACACCGAACACUGCAACAAAUAAUCAUUGAAAAUUGCUGUCAUUUGUUGAAUGCCAAUCAAAUUCACAUGCGAAGUUUAUUCAAUGCAUUACAAAUAUCCAUAUUGAAUCCCAUGCCCAACUAUUUAGCCACAAAUAUCCGUAUUGAAUCCCAUGCCCAACUAUUUAGCCACAAAUAUCCAGAUUGAAUCCGAUGCCCAACUAUUUUGCCACAAAUAUCCGUAUUGAAUCCCAUGCCCAACUAUUUUGCCACUUCAAGUUAAACCACAGCAUUGUGUCCUUGAAAAAAAAUAGCAUUAAACCAAGUAUCAUUUAUCAUGUUAUACAUACAGAGCUUAUUAAGUUGAGAGAUAAAACUGAAACACAUAUUUAAGUAUGGCACAUUAAAAUUAUGUUAAAACAUUUUUUUUAAAAUUAGAGAAUAGAAUGUUUGUCAGAAGGUGAUAUUCAAACCUAAUUGGAGAAAGCAAGAUUUAAAUUAUUCAAUUAUGUAAAUUCAAGGAUUUAAACAAAAAAGUCUAUGUGAAAGAUGUGAAUUCAAAACUUAAAAAACUGAAGUUCAGUGUAGAAGAUAAGCUCAUUCAAUUAAUUAAUAAUACAAUUGAAUUAUUCUAUUUCCUCAAUGUUUAUCACUAUUUCUCACGUUUAAUCCACUGUAACCAGCUCAGACGAAGGGUCUAUAGUUUCUGGCCUGGCCUUUUGUGGAGACGGAAUACAAGUGGCGUCUGUUCUCAUCCGUAAUGAGGUGGAGGAGGAGGCUGAAGUGGACGCUGUCAUUAAGAAACUGACAGAAUAUAAGUUUCCCCUACAUCACAGCUUUGGUCUGAUGUAUGCUUGUGUUGGCCGCGGUAUGCAUGUGUACAGUAAACCUAAUGUGGAGUCAAGCAUCUUCAGGAAGUAUUUCCCCAACACCCCACUCUUAGGAUUUUUUGGGAAUGGAGAGAUUGGCUGCUGCUACCCCCCAGCCAACAGGAGCAGUCCGAGCAGUCACGUAGAUGAUGUUGAUGGGGGCAUCAGACUCACUGCCGCUCAGAUGAAGCGCAGGAGAGCAAACAUGGAGACGGACAAACAGGACUUAGAGAUGAAGCAUCCACCAAAGUUAUUGCAUGCGUACACAACUGUCAUGUGCCUUAUUUCCUUACCAUGAAUGUAUGUACACUUGGUGGGGGAUGUUUUGGUUGGGGUCACCUUAUCAUAAACAUUAUGUGUUUACAUUGUCGUAAGGGCAUACACCGCAAAACAAAUAACAGUCUUGAUGUUUAAAUAUAAAAUGUACGUACAUUUAUAUCUAGACAUAAAUAAGAGGCAUUAAUGAAUUUGGAAAUUGGGGGUCCAAGAGGCAUUAAUGAGUUUGGAAAUAAGGGGUCAUAGAGGCAUUAAUGAGUUUGGAAAUAAGGGGUCAUAGAGGCAUUAAUGAGUUUGGAAAUAAGGGGUCAUAGAGGCAUUAAUGAGUUUGGAAAUAAGGGGUCAUAGAGGCAUUAAUGAGUUUGGAAAUAAGGGGUCAU